UCUACAUCCGACGUCGUGGUCACAUGUCUGUCAGCGAGAGGGAAAGGAGUCCGCGCUUGACAUGGCCUUUGGCGGCACGGUGUAUUGUUGCUAGGAGGCAGCAGGCUACCAGACAGGGCAAGAUCAAGACCAUCUCGUGGAUUCUUUCACCAAGGGUUCUUCUCUCAAGACAGCGGUCUCACUUACAAGUUUAACAUCUGCAGGACCAGGAAAAAUAAAACACCCUGGUCCCCUUCCUCCUGCUACUGUGGCCCAGCGGUGUGUUUUAUGUGCGCGCCAACCGUAGUGCCAUCCCGCCCCCGCUGCUGUGCCAUGGCCCUCCAUGGCCACCCGCGCAGCUGAAGACUACAGGAGACCGCUCCGGCGCAGUCGCAGGCUCUCCCAGUCCCAGACCUCCGCGCUGGGCCACCUGGGCCUCACCGUGCACUCCAAGCCCGCCGUGGUGCACUCUGCCGCCUCCCGUGCCCUGCCCUCCUGCCCCCUGCACAAGAAGACGCAGAUCCAGGCCCCCCUGCCUCUGCCCCAGCCUCAGGCUCCCCCAGCGCUGUGCCCCAUUUCUGGCCUCUCUCCUCGGCCGCUGAGGGUGACCCACCACCACGUCCACCAGCAGCAGCAGCAGCAGCAGCAGGAUCUGCACCCCCAGUGUCUGUCUGCGCGCCCCCCGCUCCACUCCUCCUCCUCUGCGUCGGUGGCGUCUUUUGGGCCGCUCCUGGUCCAGCGGCCCUCCUGCCUCACCCGCAGCUCCAGCGCAGGUGCCGGUGCCCGCCGCAGCUCCCCGCGCAGCACCAGGCAUGCCAGCGUGCCAGUCGCAGGUGUGCCCCGCAAGUGCCCCGCCGUCAACUCCACCUCGCUGCCACUCCAGUCCAGUGCCACCUCCUUCUCCUCCUCCUCCUCACCGCUCCUCUACUCUCCCUCCUCUCCCUCACUGUGCCACGCUGUGCCCCCUCCUCCACCCCCCUCCUCUCUGGAGACCCAGUCCCUCCAGCAGCAGCAGCAGCAGCAGCAGCGGCGGACCCCCACCUCCCUCUACCCGCUCGACCCCCUGAGGCUGCGCUCGGGCCUGCUGGGCAAGCGCGCCCCGUCUCCACAGCUCUCCGCCUACCCCACCUGCCCCUCGCCCCCCAAGGCCUCGCACCACCGCGCCAACGGCACACUACUCGUCGCUGUAACCAACUCAGCCGCCGCGGUUACGCCCCCCCUGCCGGUGCCAGCGUCGCUUCCUGUCCCGAUUGCCAUGCCUACCAAUCAGUCUUCCCCUUGGAGCCAGAGCGGCGGUGCCAAGCAGCUCCGUGAUGCCGCCGCCGCCCUCGUGAGCAACGGCCUCCCCCCACCGUCUCCACCUUCUCCCCCGGGUCAUCUGUCCGCUCAUGACCCCACCACCACCACCACCACAUCAGUGCCUUGCCAAACGCAGCCACAGAAGACGCUGCUGCCCUGCUCCUCCCGCUGCUGCUGCUGUCCAGCCGCCGGCAGGCAGCACUGCCAGGCCACCCACAAGGACGACGACAAGGUCAAGGUCGGUGACGAUGCCAAGGACAAGGACAAGGGUGACGGCCAGCUGGGGACAGAGAUCACCACACCACAGUCACCACAGCAAUCCUCCCCUACCACCCCCGCCACUGCCGCCGUGCCUUCGGGGGAGAAGAGGAGCGGUGACGUCAUGACGACGCCUUCGCCCGGCCGCACACAAGAGCCGGAGCGGAUCCGGGAGCCGUCGCGAGCCGUCAAGGUCUCGCUGCCAUGUCGACCCGGCCGCAAGCUGAGCCACGAGGUGCGUCUGACGGCCGCGGUCCGCAAGCUGGCGCGCACCAACGGGGCCCAGCUCAGCCGCAACGCCAACUACAUCGCCAACGCCACGCGCAAGGCGGCUGCCAAGAUGGUGGCGUCCGGACUGCGGCCCGCGAACAGCCCCCGGCAGAGAAGAGAGGAGGGGGAGGGAGGGGAGAGUCCUCCUCCUGCUCCUUCUCGUUCUCCUGUUACCCCGUCGGAGAUGUCCAGUGCCAGCUCUGGACCUCCCCAGCCUGCCCCUUCUCCUGCCUCUGCCCACUCACCGUGCCCGCACCCGCAGGCGUGCUCGUUGAGCGCCGGUGCUGCCCACCACUGUGCCAUGCCAGGGGAGUCGGGCCUCCCCGCGCCCUCUGUUUACUCUGUCACCUCUGACCUCUCUGCCAUCCACCUGACGAGGCAGGCUGGCUGCCAGGCCCAUGCCCAGGCCCAGCAGGGAAUAGUGGAGGUGGAGGAGGGAGCCUCCGCCUCGCCUUCAGCUGAGGAGCAGCCGUCCCACAUGGAGAUCUGUAACGGCCAGGAGACGGUUGCCAUGCUACCGGAUGGGGAGGAGGAGGAACUACCUGACGAGCUGGAGAGCAACUGUAGCGGUGAUGACAACGAUGGGUCUGACUGCUGUUCCAUGAACACUGAUGCAGAUGGAGAUGGUGCACUGGAUUCCCCUGAGGAGGCCCUGAGUGUGGAGGAGCCGAUGUCCACAGAGGUGGAGGAUGACCGUGUGCAGCGUCCAGCCCUCGUCCACAGCCUCUUCCCCCUCACAGCGCCUACUAUAUACUUCAGUACUGCUAACGAGAAAGUGGAGCUGCUGCCAUUGGAGCAGAGGAGGCUUCUGAAAUGGAGGAUGAGCACAGUCACCCCCAAUGUGGUCAAGCACUGCAUCACACGCUCACACUUCAAAUCCACCAAGAAGAACCAUGACUGGCUGGGCUGCUGGGGCCACCACAUGAAGUCUCCAUGCUUCAAGACCAUCAGGGAGUACCAGAAGUUGAAUCACUUCCCAGGCUCCUUCCAGAUAGGCCGUAAGGAUCGGCUGUGGCGUAACCUGUCCAAGAUGCAGGCGCGCUUUGGCAAGCGCGAGUUCAACUUUUUCCCACGAUCCUUUGUGCUGCCGCAGGACAUCAAGCUGCUGCGGAAGGCCUGGGAGGACGGCGGCGGACGCCAGAAAUGGAUCAUCAAACCGCCUGCGUCUGCCAGAGGAAUCGGGAUCCAGGUGAUCCACAAGUGGAGUCAGAUGCCUCGCAAGCGACCCCUGCUGGUACAGAAGUACAUUCAUAAGCCGUACCUGAUCAGCGGUAAUAAGUUUGACCUGCGUAUCUACGUCUACGUGACCUCCUAUGAUCCUCUACGCAUCUACAUCUUCGAAGACGGCCUGGUCCGCUUUGCCAGCUGCAAGUACUCGUCCUCCAUGAAGAGUCUGGGUAACAAGUUCAUGCACCUGACCAACUACAGCGUCAACAAGAAGAACUCUGAGUACCAAAGCAACAGUGACGACAAGGCAUGCCAGGGGCACAAGUGGGCUUUGAAGGCUCUGUGGCAGUUCCUGGGCUCCAAGGGAGUCAACACCAACCACAUCUGGGAGAAGAUCAAAGACAUUGUCAUCAAAACAAUCAUUGCGUCUGAGACGUAUGUCAACUCGCUGGUGAAGAUGCAUGUGCGCUCGGCCUACAGCUGCCACGAGCUGUUCGGGUUCGACAUCAUGCUGGACGAGAAACUCAAGCCCUGGGUGCUCGAGGUCAACAUCUCACCCAGUCUGCACUCCAACACGGCGCUGGACGUGGCUAUUAAGGGCCAGAUGGUUCGUGAUGUGUUGAACUUGGCCGGCUUCCUCCUGCCCCAGAGAGAAGACGUCCAGGCAGCCAGCGGCAGUAGCACCAGCAGCUCAACUAGCAGUUUGUGUGGAGGAAGUCGAGAGCGCUGCAAGCCGGAGCUGUCAACAGACGAGAAAGUCAAGAGAGCCUUCUACCUCAGCCAGCGAUUUGCAGAUCAGGAGUUCUAUGCGUCAGUGCUGGAGGUGCUGACCCCAGACGAGGUGCGUGUGCUGUGUGAGACGGAGGACGAGCGGUGUAGGCGGGGCCAGUUCCAGCGUAUCUUCCCCUCCCCCACCUCUGCGCGCUACCUGCGCUUCUUCGAGCACCCGCGCUACCUCAACAUCCUGCUGCACCAGUGGGAACACAAGUACUGGAACAACAGGGACAAAGGUAUUGACGUGCUGAGGAACCUGUGUCAGAAGGGAGUUCACCUGGGCAACCUCUCCGACACAGUCCAUCAUUGGUCCUCCAAGUCCUACACUGGGCACGUGCGAAGUGACCUAAACAGCAACCCCACCACCAAGCGGGAGCUGACCAAGUCAUGUGUGUUGGUGGGCCAGAGUGUGUCCUCCUCAGCUGGUGCUGAUGCUGAUGGUGAUGCGGAUGUGGAUGCUGCUGUCUCCUCUACUGCUGCUCUCCACCUCCUCUCUGCCUCCACCUCCUCCUCCUCCUCCUCCAGCAUGGCCGCCACUCUGGACUCUACCAGCACCACCCCCACACCCAGCCCAUCCCCAUCCCCCUCCCCCUCCCCGUCCCUCAGCCCCACGCUGAGUCCCACCCCCACCCCCACUACCUCCCUCAGCCCCACGCCCACCCCUACCACCUCUCUCAGCCCCAGCCCCAGCCCCAGCCCCUGCCUGCCCAGCGACGGCCUGUGAGCCGCAGGUGUGGAUGUGGGAAUUGGGUAGCUGGGUGGAUCGGAUGGCCUAGCGCUGGCUACUUGCCUGGUGGGCGGGCUGGUCAGCUGAAGGGUACUGUGUUCCUGAUGUUGGGGGGCUGCAUCUGUGCUCAAUAGAGCUGCUUAGAGCAGAUCAGUCAGACUACUGCAGUGUCAUAUCAAUGCUGGCCACAGGGGGGCACUGUGAUGUUCUCUAAAGCCUUAACUCCUCCAUGGGUGACGCCAGGCCUUUAGCUGUUGAAUUUGUUAAGAUUUUUUUUCUUUUUUCUUUUAUUAUGAUUAUUAUUGUUUCUGAAAGAUUCAGGGUCUUCCCGGUAACAUUGUGUUGCUAACAUUCGAGCACAGGCACACAAACCGACAGAUGCGCUCAGCACGUGGUCUCAGGGUUCUGUUGUGGGGAGGGACAGGAGGCAGUGGGUGUCUGCACAGGCGUGUGUGUGUGUGUGUGUGUGUGUGUGUGUGUGUGUGUGUGUGUGCGUGCGUGCGUGUGUGUGUGUGUGUGGUUUGCCGAGUUGGAGGUACUAGCACAUUAGUGAGAGAGAAAAGCAGGGCGUGUGGUGUGGGGCGUUUGUCUUCUCCACUCUGCCCAGCUAUUAGAGAAGGGGGACACUCAGUCAUAGGUUUACACCGCCUUAAGCAUAUUACUGGCCAAAUCUUAACGUCUUUUUCAAAUGCCUUUUGUAUUACAACAUAUUUAAAAGAAAAAAGUGCUAUUGCUAAUUUUGCCACCUUCCUCCUAAUAGAUUUCAGAAGUAGAUAGUGUGUUGGGGCUGUGUGUGGUGUGGGUGUGUUCGUGUUUCAGUGAAGGGGGAGUUAUAUGAGGUCACAGGACCAGAUUUGCAAAGCACCUCAUUGGUGGAGAAGGGAGCACACACGCACACACCCCCACCAACCGCCAUGUCUCUUUACCAUAAGCAUGAGCCAAUCAGAAUCCUCCGUGUGGUUUGUUUACAUUGGAGCUCCGCCCCUGUGGAUGGAUCUGCGAAGUCUCUGUGGCUAUAGUGGCGUCUCCGUAGAAAACACGCUAAGUAAAUAAAUAAAUACUUCACAUAAUUAUAUCCCUGUUUGUUGGGGAACGGCACCGGUUUCAUAACCUUGAACAUGUUCUAAUAAAAGUUUUUUUUCCAGAA